GCUCUCGAUCUUCACUAUCUUGAUCAAAUCUUUACUGACAAUGGCUACUGUCUCUCUUCACUCCCACUCUUUCCUCCUUGUUCUCUUUCCGGUCAUCCUCAUUCUCCGACAUAACUUGGCGGUGGCCGGAGGAUGUCAGUUGCCGCCGGUGAUCUUUAACUUUGGAGAUUCCAACUCCGACACGGGUGGACUCGUCGCUGGUCUCGGCUACAGCAUUGUUCUUCCUUACGGUCGCUCAUUUUUCCGGAGAUCCACCGGCCGAUUAUCUGACGGACGCCUCGUCAUCGAUUUCCUCUGCCAGAGUUUGAAUACAAGUCUACUGAACCCAUACUUAGACUCAUUGGUUGGAUCAAAAUUCCAAAACGGUGCCAAUUUCGCAAUAGUUGGUUCUUCCACUCUUCCUCGAUAUGUUCCUUUUGCUCUAAACAUUCAGCUUAUGCAGUUCCUCCAUUUCAAAUCCCGAGCACUCGAGCUUGCUUCUACUUCAGAUCCUUUGAAAGAGAUGCUGAUAAGCGAUAGCGGAUUCAGACACGCGUUGUACAUGAUCGAUAUAGGGCAGAAUGAUAUUGCAGAUUCAUUUUCCAAAGGCCUUUCUUACUCCCGGGUCGUCAAGCUUAUUCCAAACGUUAUUUCUGAGAUCAAAAGUGCCAUAAAGAUAUUGUAUGAUGAAGGAGGGAGGAAAUUCUGGGUUCACAACACAGGACCCUUAGGUUGUCUGCCUCAGAAACUGUCAAUGGUUCAUAGCAAAGCUUUUGAUAAGCAUGGUUGUCUAGCAAGUUAUAACGCAGCUGCAAAACUGUUUAACGAAGGAUUGGAUCAUAUGUGUCGGGAGCUGAGGACGGAACUGAAAGAGGCCAACAUAGUCUAUGUCGACAUUUAUGCCAUCAAGUACGAUCUCAUCGCAAACUCCAACAAUUACGCCUUUGAGAAACCCUUAAUGGCGUGUUGCGGAUACGGAGGGCCUCCUUACAACUACAAUGUGAACAUAACGUGUGGGAACGGUGGCUUUAAAAGUUGCGAGGAAGGGUCUCGGUUUAUAAGCUGGGACGGAAUACACUACACCGAGACCGCUAACGCCAUUGUAGCCAUGAAAGUAUUGUCGAUGCAAUACUCUACGCCACCAACUCCGUUUCAUUUCUUCUGCGGCGGCUGACAUUGCACAUGUUUCUUUUGUUCCAAGUAAGAAUUUUUUUUGUUUCAGAUUUGGUUUCUUGAACUGAUAUUGAUAUAAAAAUCGAUCACAAUU